CAGCGAGAAGGAAUUCGUCGAGAGGAACAUGACCUUUCACCUCAACAUGAGUCAGCUGCUCCCGGGACGCUACAACCUGAGCGUCGAGACCUACACGAGACCGGACUCCCCCUCGAACAAGUCCUUGGAGGCUGUCAUCUUCGUCGUGGAGGGAGGACCAGACACGCCCUUGCACCUGAAGCUCCUGGCAGUUGCUCUCCUGGUGGGCGUGGUCCUCGUGGUGGUGCUGGCUCUCGUCACCAGAGUCUGCACCAAGCCGGAUGAGAAGAUUGUGACGACUCUGAAUCCGAUAUAUGCGCAGGAGUCAGGACUUCCGGCGUGGAUCCAGCACGUCUACGACAUCAUAGGAGGUCAGGAUAUCAUUGACUCCUCUGACCUGCACGUAGAAGAAGGACCUCCUCUCGGGGAAGGGAAGUUCGGGCUGGUCCUCAACGGCCGCCUGCGCCUCGAGGCCAAGAAUAUCCCGGUGGCCGUGAAGCAGGUGACGGAUUUCCAAGCCAGGGAGGACAUCCUGCAGGAGGCCAAGUUGAUGCUCAAACUCAACUGCUACCACCUGGUGCGAGCGUAUGGAGUCGUGCCAAGAGCCACCCACAUCCUGCUCGUGAUGGAAUACAUGAACUGCGGGGACUUGCUGAGGUACAUCAGGUCACGGAAACCCCCGGAUGACGAUAUCUUAUCUGUGAUCACCAUUGAUCAUGUGUGCGCCAUGGCCGUGCAGAUAGCGGACGGCAUGGCAUACCUGGCCAGCCGCAAGAUCGUGCACAGGGACCUCGCCGCCCGCAACUGCCUCAUCAACGACAACAUGAACAUCAAGAUCUCAGACUUUGGCAUGGCGAGACUAACCGAUAACGACUAUUACAGGAUACGCGAGAGCAAGUACUUCCCCGUGCGGUGGCUUCCCCCCGAGUACCACCUGAAGUUCACGAGCCAGAGCGACGUCUGGAGCUACGGCAUCGUCCUGUGGGAGAUCCUGUCAGGAGGAGCGCGGCCCUAUGAGCACCUGACGAAUGACAACGACGUCCUGCAGCAGGUGCGUCGCGGAUACACCCUGGAGACCCACAUCCCCAAGGGCACGCCGUCAUUCCUGGCGAAGAUCCUGAUCAGCUGUUGGCGUUACAAGGGCAGCACGAGGCCGUACUUCCCGCAGCUGGUGGCGGCUCUUCUGCCAAGCACGUCUCCUUGCUUCAUUCAGCACUUCAGAAUGGUGUCCUUCUACCACACAGCGGACGGCCAGGAGUACAAGCGUCAGUUAGAGACCCAGCAGGACGUGGACGAGGAUAGUGACAUCACUUCACCCCUCAAUGAGUCAUCACCUUUACCCUUCUGUCACCCUAUCAGACAAGACGGCCCUCCACUCCCUCCCAGGCCACUCACGGGCACGAGGUGGCGGCCCUCGUUUCGCUUCCGAGGGGCAACAGUGCCAAGGUACACUCAGCAGCCGACUCACUUGUCUGUCACCGAUCUCGAGAGCCUCACCUUGAGCCAGCAGGUUCUUCCCUCAAACAGGGAGGGGGACGCCACUUCCCCUUCUCGGAACGUUACUUCGACACUUGUGGACCUGACCACGUCCAAGUCCCAGGAAGAGAGUGUCAGAGAGAACGUGAAGACGAGCCCGUUCCACAGUUCAGAGACGGACGUAGUGGCGAUGAACACGCACACGCUAAAAGCUCUGCAUACACCACUAGCUGCAACUACGGCCAAUCCCAGUAACGUGGUUGUUCAGUUGAACAGUCGCGGUUCAACUUCCACUUCCAUUGCCUCUUCCACUGACCUUCCAGGUAGUCCAAGGAAGCUGGAAAUUACUCUUCCCAACUUCAAGUGUUCAAAAAGGAUGCCCGAUAUCAAGCCUUCCCCGUGUUAAUAUGCCAUAAAACUUGAAAGCUCAAUACAAUGCCUCAUUAUAUAUAAUUAUUCUAAGGAUUAUUGCCGUUGUUUGCUGUAGUACAAGUGUUGUAGUAUAUAGAAUUGAUAGAUUAUUUGAUAAUGUGUAUGUACAACUUCACUCUUCAAGGCACCUUGUCUGUCAGCAUAUAAUGUACGUGCCUUUCAGAUGGUUAUAUUGCACUGGAGCAUUUGGGUUACAGUAUUAUAACUGACAACAAAUUUUCCAAUUUACAAAUUGACACAGAUUGCGUAUAUCAAUUUGACAUGUAAAAAUUGUUAUAUAUGUAUAUUUGAAUCCAACAAUACUUUUUGACAGAAAAAUUGAAGACUAAACGCUGCCUCAUAUGUAAGAAGAAUGAGUAACAUACAUGACAUGGUUCGAACGUAAACAUAAAGUAUGAAAGGAACUUGUGCAUGGUUUAUAUUUAUACUAUAGUUGACAGAAGACCCAUUCAAAAGACGGGAUGAAUAAAGGGGGCUGCCCUUUACAUGUUUUGUAUUGUUGAAUAUAGGAGAUUGCGGAAAGAUAGGGGAUGAGAAAUCUAUAGUUUUGUACGAUCUGAGAAUAAUCUAUUAUCUAAUUGUCUAAUUACAUGUUCAUAAGCUGAUGCUGAAUACCAUGACGUGUAGAUGAACACUUUCUAACUGUAUAAAAGCAUAAUGUUAAUCUUGUAAGUAAAUUGUGUUUUGACAAUGGACGGUCCGGUAUUUUUAUUUUAUAUAAUCUGAUCUACAGACCUUUACUUAAAGUGUAUGACCAACUUCAGUCGAUAAACAGUUUUUUUUUUUCUUUUGACUUUGUAUAAAAUGUGUGUAUGAUUUAUUAUAUAUGUAAAAUUAAUGGAUCUCAUUUAUGUUUACUUUCAGGAUGGUUAUCAAAGUUAGUUGCUUGUAGAAUAU